AUGGCGCCGACAGGAGACGAGUUCUCGUCGCCUGGGUCCGUCACGUACGACUCCGAGACCAUGGUCGUGGGCGACGGUACCUGGGACUUUUCCAAGAACACAUUUCUCCUACCCAACUUGGAGGGGUUCAAUUUUGAUACCAUGCGCUACAACGGCAUGGGCAACCGCUUCUCUACCUUGACCCAAUACCACAGCAUCAUACUGGCGCACGGCAUCCUCGCGGCCCUCGUGUUUCUUCUCUUUGUCCCGACCGCCAUUUUCGUGGUGCGGUUUCACACGGGCCGCCCCGGCUUCGCUGUUCGUUUCCACGCGCGUCUGCAGAUCGUCUCAAGCCUCCUACUCAUUGUCGUCUUCAUUCUCGGAUUUCUAGCUGUGGGUCCCAGCAGAGCCUUGUCCAAUCCCCACCAUGGCAUAGGCGUCGCCAUCUUCGUGGUCUUUGUCCUUCAGUUUGUGGGUGGCCGCAUCAUCUACCGCAUCCAAAAGGCGCACUCGCUGCGCGUCACGCUCCACCAAUGGGGAGGCCGCACCAUCGCGCUGCUCGGCAUGAUACAGAUUCCGCUGGGGCUGACCUUGUAUGGCGCUCCCAAGUAUCUGUUCAUCAUGUACGCGGUGUGGAUGGCCUUCCUGCUCCUCGUAUACUUUAUCCUCAACUUCAGAGCCGGCAGCCGCAGAGAGCUUCUGAUCGAGCCGACCAGGUCAGAAAUUGGGCGCUCGGAAAUCGGUGGUGCUCGCUCUGAAGCUCGGACGCGCGUUACCGACUCGGAAUACUUCUCUGAGCAUCGCGACGACGGGCACAACAAGUGGAAGUGGCUUGGACCGCUGGCUGCGGGCGGUGCUGCCUGGUGGUGGAAAAAGGGGAGGGACAAAGGCUCGAGAGGCCGCAGUCGGACGCCCUCGCCAUCCGGACGAAGCCGUGGCCCCGAGGUGGUCCCGUCGCGCAGAGGGUCGGCCAGCUACUACGAAUCUGACAAGUACACCGAUGUGUCUCCCCAGCGCAAGAGUGGUGGGGGCGGCGGUGGCAUGAUGCGGGCAUUGGGCGGAGCGGCAGCGUUGUUUGGUGCGGGCAAGCUGUUCAACAACCACAUGGACAAGCGCAGGGGUGGCUAUGACGAUGAGUACUCGGCGGUGUCGACAGAAACCCCGCGACGAUACCCGCCUGGCCGAGGAAUACCUCCGAGCGACCUGAGCUCUGAAUUCACAGAAGAUAUUCGAGGUGACCCGACGGCAACAUCUCUUCUCUCGCCCCCGCCAGGUGAGCGCGCCGCAAUGGCGGGUGCCCUCGGCGCUGCAGACUCGCGAGUGGGCUCGCAACGACAUGGUCAUCCUCGAGGCCCGCCGCCAGCUCGCCGCUCGGGGGGGAGACGCAGCUUUGACGAUUCCGAAUACUCAUCGUAUGUGAGCCCAUCGCGUCGUCCUGUAGACGCAGAAGGGUCUCGAGGUGGUGGCACGGGUAAGGGCAUUCUUGGUGGCAUCGGGCUGGGGUGGAUCGGCAAGAAGAUGGCGGAUAGGAAGGCGAGAAAGGAAGAGCAGCGCCGCCUGGACGAGGAAGACGACAUGCGCUCUGGGCUGACGGAUUCGAGGUACACGGGCGACGGCUACCCAUCCCCGACACGCAAACCCGCUCGGAGACCGACAGUGCGGCGGCCAACAGGCUACCCGCCCCCGUCUGCGCCGACUGAGAUGACGGAGUCGUCCAUCCUCACCGAGGAGCCAUCGACAGUCGCCCCGAUGCCUCCUCGCGCGAGCGGCCCGAGCAGCCACGCAAGAUCACGCUCGAGAUCACAACGAAACAUUGCGCCAGUAGCGAUGCCGGCCAUGCCGCCAGAUCACUCAGAGACCGAGAGCUCGUACGUAUCAGACGCCCGCCCUCGACGUCGCGAGUCCUCCAAGAGACGGAAAGAGGGUGAGAGGGCAUCAGCCGCCGCGGCAGCUCGCGCAUCCGAACUGGCGGCAGAGCAAGACGUCGAGCGCGAGCGGUACGGCUCACCCCACAGCAACCCAGUGAGCGUCAAGCUCAAGAUGCACGACGACAGGGACAGGAACGUGACGUUACGGCGCCUCACAGAGGAGGAGGCACGCGCAGCCCGGGGCCGCAGUCGCGCCGACUCGGAGAGCAACCUGUCCGAGUACGACUCGCCCAGCCAGGGGCGCACGCGAUACAGACGGGACUCGAGCCACCGGCGCGCCGAGUCUGCUGCGGAGCGAAGGGUCGAGUCUGACCGAGACACGCUCGCGCCCCUGUCGCCGCCCAACCCAGCGUUUGCCAAGGGGAGACGGAACAAGGAUUCUGCGUACUACUCGGGCGCACAGCCUGGACCAUCGGGGACGUCGGCCGCUGCAGGACAGACGGUCUCCAGCCUGGGGAGCCUCGCUAGUCCCGAGAGCCACGGGACGUGGAGCCAGAUGAGUCCCUCCCCGAGCGGACCUCCUGCUGUGGAGAAGCCGGGGCCGGGCUCAGCGGCCGACAACAGGAGGAGACGGAGGCAGGAGAGGAGGAGGGGGAGCAGUACGCAGCCGUCAGCGGCCGACAUGUUUGACUAG